UGCCCGGGUGGUGUCUGCCCGGGAGAAGGCUCGUGGGGGUCCUGGUGGGCCAGUUGCGCCAAAAUGAAGGUGAAGAUGCUGAGCCGGAACCCGGACAAUUACGUCCGCGAAACCAAGUUGGACUUACAGAGAGUUCCAAGGAACUAUGAUCCUACCUUACAUCCUUUUGAGGUCUCACGAGAAUACGUAAGAGCUUUAAAUGCUACAAAACUGGAACGUGUGUUUGCAAAACCGUUUCUUGCUUCCUUGGAUGGUCACAGAGAUGGAGUCAAUUGUCUGGCAAAGCAUCCGAAGAGCUUGUCUACUGUCCUUUCUGGGGCUUGUGAUGGAGAGGUUAAAAUUUGGAACCUAACUAAACGAAAAUGUAUCCGUACUAUACAAGCACAUGAAGGUUUUGUACGAGGAAUAUGUACUCGCUUUUGUGGUACUUCUUUUUUUACUGUUGGUGAUGACAAAACUGUGAAGCAGUGGAAAAUGGAUGGACCCGGCUAUGGAGAAGAAGAAGAGCCAUUGCAUACAAUAUUAGGAAAGACAGUCUAUACUGGAAUUGAUCAUCACUGGAAAGAUCCUGCAUUUGCCACAUGUGGACAGCAAGUAGACAUUUGGGAUGAACAAAGAGCCAAUCCUAUAUGUUCAAUGACAUGGGGAUUUGACAGCAUAAAUAGUGUUAAAUUUAAUCCAAUUGAGACAUUUCUCUUGGGAAGUUGCGCUUCUGACAGGAAUAUAGUACUAUAUGAUAUGAGGCAAGCCACUCCUCUGAAAAAGGUUAUCUUAGAUAUGAGAACAAAUACAAUUUGUUGGAAUCCUAUGGAAGCUUUCAUUUUUACUGCAGCAAAUGAAGAUUACAACUUGUAUACUUUUGAUAUGCGUGCACUGAACACUCCAGUUAUGGUCCACUUAGAUCAUGUGUCUGCAGUGCUUGAUGUGGACUACUCACCCACUGGGAAAGAGUUUGUGUCUGCCAGUUUUGAUAAGUCUAUUCGAAUCUUCCCUGCGGACAAAAGUCGAAGCAGGGAAGUCUAUCACACAAAGCGAAUGCAGCAUGUUAUCUGUGUAAAAUGGACUUCUGACAGCAAGUACAUCAUGUGUGGAUCUGAUGAAAUGAACAUUCGUCUGUGGAAAGCUAAUGCUUCUGAAAAAUUGGGUGUGCUUACAAAGAGAGAAAAAGCAGCCAAUGAUUAUAACCAGAAGCUGAAGGAGAAAUUUCAGUAUCAUCCUCAUAUAAAACGUAUUUCUCGUCAUAGACACCUACCAAAAUCUAUCUAUAGCCAGAUCCAGGAGCAACGUAUUAUGAAGGAAGCUCGUCGACGAAAGGAAGUGAAUCGUCGUAAACACAGCAAACCUGGAUCUGUGCCAAUUGUGUCAGAGAGGGAAAAGCACGUAGUUGCAGUUGUAAAAUAAUAGUUGAUAGUCCUACCAUUCAUGAUGUGGAAUUAUUUGCUUCUAUUGACUUGAGAGCUCUAUAAAUAAAAAUAUUGACUUUAGUUUAGUAGUAAA